ACUACAGUAGACUGUAAAAUAACAUCAGCAGCUGCUGGAGAUAAAAACUUUGACAAAAGCCCAACAAAAACAAGGCAACCUCGAAAAGUUGAUUUGAGAGCUCGAUACUGGGCAUUUCUUUUUGACAAUCUUAGACGGGCAGUUGAUGAAAUCUAUGUUACUUGUGAGUCGGAUCAGAGCGUAGUAGAAUGCAAGGAGGUUCUAAUGAUGCUAGAUAACUAUGUAAGAGAUUUCAAGGCAUUGAUUGACUGGAUACAGCUGCAGGAAAAGCUAGAGAAGGCUGAUGCUCAGAGCAGACCUACUUCAUUGGCCUGGGAAGUAAAGAAGAUGUCUCCAGGACGCCAUGUAAUACCAAGUCCAUCAACAGAGAGAAUCAGCGGAACAUCAAAUGCUCGAAGAAGUUUAAAUUUUGGGAAUCCAUCUGUGACAAUUGCUGCCACUCGUCUGGCUCCUUCAGGUGUAAGUUGGGCUGAUAAGGUGAAAGCUAACCAUGGAGCUAAAGCUGCCACUCCAGAGCUAGUAGCUACACAAACCUGCAUGCCAACACCAGUGCAGAAGUCAUCACGGAGAAAUGAACGGAAGGAUGCAGAAGGAUGGGAAACAGUUCACCGUGGAAGGCCUGUUCGAUCUCGAUCUACAGCUGUAGUAACAAAAACUCUUGUAGCUGCAGAAUUACUAAGAGCUAAGGAUGACAGUGACAAAGAAAAUGUAGUCUUCAGACAAUCAGAAAGUAAACAGAAUAAUUCAUUCGAUGAAGAUAGUGCAUCCAAAAAUACAGAACUUCUGCAGAAAGAUUCUUUAUAUCUGAGUGAGCAUCCUCUUGCUGAAAGGACUCAGUUCACAGCACACACACUAGAAGAUACCAGAAACACUGGCAAUGUGGUUUUACAAGACAGUUCUUGCUUACAAACCCCUGAAAUGCCGGCAGUUGUCGUAGACACUGAACAUACUUCAGAAAGUUUACAGAUUGAUGAAUCUCCCUCCCUGAUCUCUGGUAGUAAAGAACAGCAUGAAGCAUUAAAAAACAAGAUAGAAAGUGAAAUGGAUCCCUCAGACAUUUCAAAUGUGAGUGCUGCCAGAUUGUCUAUGGCAGAAGUCCUUGCUAAAAAAGAAGAGUUAGCAGAUCGCCUGGAAAAGGCCAAUGAAGAAGCAAUAGCUAGUGCCAUUGCAGAAGAAGAGCAGUUAACUAGAGAAAUUGAAGCAGAAGAAAAUAAUGACAUUAACAUUGAAACUGACAAUGAUAGUGAUUUUUCUGCUAGCAUGGGCAGUGGAAGUAUAUCUUUCUGUGGCAUGUCUAUGGACUGGAAUGAUGUCUUGGCAGAUUAUGAAGCUCGUGAAUCAUGGCGUCAAAAUAAUUCAUGGGGUGAUAUAGUGGAAGAAGAACCUGCGCGUCCACCAGGCCAUGGAAUACAUAUGCAUGAGAAACUCUCUUCACCAUCUCGCAAAAGAACAAUAGCAGAAUCUAAAAAGAAACAUGAGGAGAAACAGAUGAAAGCUCAACAGCUGAGAGAAAAGUUACGUGAAGAGAAAACGCUAAAGCUUCAAAAACUGAUGGAGCGGGAGAAAGAUGUGCGAAAGUGGAAAGAAGAAUUACUGGACCAGAGACGCAGGAUGAUGGAGGAAAAAUUGCUUCAUGCUGAAUUUAAACGUGAAGUGCAGUUACAGGCAAUUGUGAAAAAAGCACAAGAGGAAGAAGCAAAGGUAAAUGAAAUUGCAUUUAUAAACACCUUAGAAGCCCAAAAUAAACGUCAUGAUGUGUUGUCCAAACUAAAAGAAUAUGAACAAAGACUCAGUGAAUUACAGGAAGAACGCCAACGGAGGCAGGAAGAAAAGCAAGCACGUGAUGAAGCUGUUCAGGAGCGUAAAAGAGCUCUGGAAGCAGAACGCCAAGCCCGGGUUGAAGAGCUGCUGAUGAAAAGGAAAGAACAAGAGGCUCGGAUUGAACAGCAGCGGCAGGAGAAAGAGAAAGCACGGGAAGAUGCAGCACGGGAAAGGGCCAGAGAUCGAGAGGAGAGGCUGGCAGCUCUCACAGCAGCUCAACAAGAAGCAAUGGAGGAGCUACAGAAAAAGAUUCAGCUGAAGCAUGAUGAAAGCAUUCGGAGACACAUGGAACAAAUUGAACAGAGGAAAGAAAAGGCAGCUGAAUUAAGCAGUGGGAGACAUGCUAAUACUGAUUAUGCACCUAAACUUACACCAUAUGAACGAAAAAAGCAGUGUUCAUUAUGCAAUGUUUUGAUUUCCUCAGAGGUGUAUCUUUUUAGCCACAUUAAGGGGAAAAAACACCAACAAGCAGUGAGAGAAAAUAGCAGCAUCCAAGGACGAGAGCUUUCAGAUGAAGAAGUGGAGCACCUGUCAUUGAAGAAGUACAUUGUUGAUAUUGUGAUUGAAAGCUCUGUUCCAGUAGAACCUUUAAAAGGUGGAGAGGAAAAGCAAAAAUCUAAAAAGAAGGCAAAGAAGCUGAAGGCACGGAUGAACUCCAGGGCUAAAGAAUAUGAAAGUUUAAUGGAAGCAAAAAAUGCCACCUCUGAAUCACCAUACAAAGCAAAGCUGCAGCGAUUAGCAAAAGAUCUUCUAAAGCAGUUCCAAGUACAGGAUAGCAGUUCAUUGGCAAACAACAAGGUUUCUGCUCUGGACAGGACUUUAGGAGAGAUUUCUCGUAUUCUGGAAAAAGAGAAUGCAGCAGAUCAGAUAGCAUUCCGGGUUGCAGGAGGACUCACAGCCCUUGAACACAUUCUUCAAGUAGUGAUUUCUUCCACGAAUCUGACUGCAGUUUUACGGAUUCCUCCCAAGUCACUCUGCAAUACCGUAAAUGUUUACAACCUGGACUGCAGUAAUUGCACAGAAAACUGCACCUAUGUUCUAUUUAGUAAUAAGAUCACUUUUUUAAUGGACCUGUUGAUGCAUCAGUUAACGGUUUGUGUUCCAGAUGAAUAUAAUGCAGUAUUAGGAAGAAGUGCAAACAAGCAAGUAUUUGAAGGUUUAACAACUGGACUUCUCAGAAUCGUUGCUGUGGUCUUUGGGUGUCUGAUCUCCAGUCUACCAGAUGUAAACAAUCAGCCCACUGCACCUAAAAUAAUACAGGAAGUGAAAAACAAGCCCUCAAAAGUUGAGGCCUUUAACAGCAGGGUUCAGGACCUGAUCAGAAGUUGAACACUUAUGCGGUGGUACAAAAGUGUGGCAAAGGUA